AUGCUCCCGAUCGUGUUUAUUAUGAUACUCGCGAGUGCUUGUGAAGGGUAUAAAAUUCUGGCACUGCUUCCUUACCCAGGGAAGAGUCAUUUUAUGGUGUUUGAGCCAAUUUUGGAUGAGCUAGCAAGACGAGGUCAUCAUGUCACUGUGGUUUCUUUCUUCCCGUCACCGUCACCUCAUGCAAACCGACGAGACGUCAGUUUGGUAGGACUAGCACCUUUAAACGUAGAAGUUAUAAACCUUCAGGAUUUUGACAAUCCCACAUUUUUAUCAAGAAAAUUCUCAACACAAUUUGCCUUAGUCUCCAACCUUAUGACUUUUAAUUUAAAACUAUGCGAAACGGUGUUUUAUUCUGAUAUUUUUGAAGAAUUCGUUAAAGCUGAAGGAGCAUACGAUGUCGUUAUAACUGAACAUUUCCAUACAGAUUGCAUGAUGGGUAUCGCGCACAACUAUGCGGCACCUUCAGUGUUACUUAUGUCCUGUGCCUUAACACCGUGGGCAUUCUCGAGAUUUGGGGCUGACGACAAUCCGGCCGUCUUCCCCUCUAUGCUGCUACCAUUCGUUGAUGAAAUGUCAUUCCUUGAGAAACUAGAAAACGCUUUUAAUGUAAACUUUUAUAAAUAUUGGCAUAGUUAUGUUACUAGGAACGAACAGAAACUUGUGGAGACGAGGUUGAGCCGCAAGUUGCCACCGCUGGAUGAACUGGCGAAGAAUGCAAGUGUUGUACUUGUGAACACCCAUCACAUUCUAAAUGGAGUAAAGGUGUUACCACCGUCGGUGGUUGAGGUGGGCGGCAUACAUCUUCACAACAAGUCAGUGCAACCUCUUCCCGAGAAUAUCGAGCGGUGGGUAUCAGAAUCAAAACAUGGGGUUAUUCUCUUCAGUUUUGGUUCACUAAUCCGCGGUUCAACAUUACCGCCAAAAAGAUUGGAAGCCAUAUUGAAAGUUUUCGCGCGCUUGCCACAACGAAUUUUAUGGAAAUGGGAAACAGAGGAUAUAAAAGGGUUGCCAGAUAACGUUCUCGUAUUAAAAUGGCUGCCACAAUACGAUUUACUAAAUAACCCGAACUGUGUGGCCUUCAUAACUCACGGUGGCCUCCUGAGUUUGACAGAGAUAGUCGCAGCAGGAGUGCCGGCAGUAGUAAUACCAAUAUUAGGCGAUCAGCCUGGAAACGCAGCAUUUGCUAAACGAGCUGGAAUCGCUGAAACGUUGGAGUUUCAUGAAAUUGACGAGGAGACACUUUACAAUGCCCUCGUGAAGGUUUUAAAGCCAGAAAUGCGAGCCCGCGCCAAAGCGUUCAGCAAACGUUGGCACGAGCGCCCUCUACCGCCUAUGGAGACAGCGAUACACUACAUAGAAAACACGGCAAAAUAUGGACAUCUCGUCAUGUCAUCACCUGCUCGCCAUAUGCACAAAUCAGAACUUUUAUUCUUCUUGUCCAUUGAAUAUUUAAUUUUAAUUGCUUUUAUUUUGUUUAUGGGGCUAUUAGCUAGAUAUUGCUUCAGUCCGCAAAAGAUUGAGAAAUUUAAGCAGAAUUAA